CCCGGGGGGACCCCCGCGCUCACCAAAAUUUACCCCCGCGGCAGCCACUGGGCCGUGGGACACCUGAUGGGCAAAAAGAGCAGCGGAGAUUUCCCCCCCGACGGCUUCGCGGACGAAAACAAACCCUUCUUUUCGACGUCACCCGAGAGCGUCAAGCGGCUGGAAGAUUAUCUGCGGUGGGAAGAGCUCUCCAAACAUUUCCUGCGGCUGCUGGAGAGGAACGAGAACAGAAGCGCUCACUUGGGAAGAGGAGGGUCCGGCAGGAACGCCUGGGAGGCAGAUGAUGACAACAGCAGCUGGAAAGAUAUGAUGGACUAUCUGCUUCAAGUUGUGAAUAUGAAAGAGAGCGCUCCCAGCUGAGAGGAGGUCUCUAAAUCACCACGAAUUCGCAUAUUGCUGUAAGAGACUCUAUUUCACAAGCACUCGAUGGCACCAGAUAAUCGACAAGGUCUCUUUUCUGUACACAAAAAUCCCUCUGUGUAAAAAUACCUAAAUCCACUUAUUCCAGCAACGACUUCAACUCUCUCGACUUCAUUUUCAUUUCUCACCCGAAUGGCUUUGAUAUAAAUAUAAUCUAUAAUCACUCCACACAUGUGAUUGUCACGGAAGGGUCUUCCAACGAACCACACGAU